AUGUUGUUUCUCGCCAUUCUUCAAGUUCUUCUUGCAAACCCACUUUUGGCAUCUGAAGAUUGCGAUGGCCCGGGAAAUGAGCAUUUAGAGUUGAGCAGACAUUUGGACCAGCUUGACAUCAUUUACGAGGGCCAGUCCGACAACGCUUCAUGGAUGUCUGCAAUUGAUGAUUCAACCACAAACGAGCUACUCGGACUGGCUGCUUCGUCAGACCUCACCUAUGGAGAGAUCCUACCAGAAGGUUUUCUUUCCAUCCUGCAAUGUGUUGGGGCUCGUGCUGGCGAACGUUUUUUUGAUUUGGGAAGUGGAACUGGCAAAACUGUUGUCCUUGCAUCUCUGCAUGGUCUAAACUCCACGGGCAUCGAAGUUGCUCCUUCCAGAUGGCAAACAUCUUGCCGCGGUCUGCAGAAGAUGAAAUCACUUGGCAUCAGGCCAUUGCCCACAUUUGUCCGCGGCAGUUUUGCUAAUGUCGACUUCAAGGAUGCCAACAUCAUUUUCAUGAAUUCCGACCAGAUGUGGGGUGAUGGCAAGAUGACGUGGCCCUCGGGAGAGGAGUACAUAGGCAGCUUGAAGAAAGGCGUUUUCCAUGGCAAGGGAACACGAACUUGGCCAAAUGGAGACCGCUAUGCUGGUAGCUUCAAGCACGGUAUGCAGGAUGGUGAGGGAACCUUUGAGAGUGCAGAGGAGGGCUGGGUAUACAACGGUCAAUGGCUGCAGAACCGGAUGAAUGGCCGAGGGAAGGUGAAAUGGCCCAACGGCAUUGAGUAUGAUGGUGAGUGGAAGGAUGGCAUUCGAGAAGGAAAGGGGAAGCUGACAUGGGCAGAUGGAUCCAGCUACAAAGGUGAAUUCCAGCACAAUUGCAUUGAGGGGAAGGGGAAGAAGACCCUUCCCGAUGGUUCCUGGUUUGAGGGACAGUUCCACGACAGCGAGCUUGAAGGGCGCGGAACCUUCCAUUGGCCAGAUGGAACAGAGUUUGAAGGCCUUUGGCACAAUAGUGAAAUUGUUGGCCCUGGAUGCCAUAGGUUCCCCAACGGCACCAUGAUCACAGGCGUCUUUGAGAACCAUGGUGCUACUGGAGAGGGCACGAAGAAGUGGAAGAAUGGCUGCAUGUAUACAGGCACUCUGCUCAACAACAGCAUCCACAAGUAUGGAGUUUUCCAGUGGUCCGACGGGCGAAGAUACAUUGGACAGUUCCAGGAUGAAAUGAUGCAUGGCGAGGGAAUGCUGUGCUGGUCUGAUGACUUUGGAGUUUGUCGCUACAAGGGCACCUUCGAGCACAACGUCUUCCAGGGUCAUGGUGUUCUUGAGUGGUCAGUGAAGGCUCGCUAUGUUGGAGAAUUCUUCAACGGACUCUACCACGGAGAAGGAACCUUCGAAUGGCCAGACAAGGCAAAUGUCUACCGGGGCCAGUGGCAGUUCGGAGAAAUGAGCGGCAAGGGAACCCUGACGACCAGCUGCGGAUCUGUCUUCUCUGGUGAGUUCCAUGCCGGAAAUAUGGAGGGCCGAGGAACCAUCACCUUCAUCACAAAUGACCAGUACACUGGUGAGUUCAAGGAUUCCAUGUUCAAUGGACUGGGCUGCUACACGUGGUCUUCUGGUGUGACUCUCACUGGUGUCUUUGAGAACAACGUUUGCAGCAAGGUUGGUAAAAAGACCUACACCAAUGGCCUUGUUUACAUUGGAGAGCUCUUCGAAGACCUGGAGCACGGACGCGGUGUUCUCACAGACGCCAGUGGUACUCGGAUCGUUGGUGUAUGGAACAAUGGCAGGCUUGAAGAGGAGCUGGUGGAAAUGAUUGUUUCUGGCACAGAGGCAAAGCAUGGCACGACUGGCAAGGUGACCUUUAAUUUUCUGAGGUGGCUGUUGAGGCAUGUGAACUUCGGAACCAUGCUUGCAUGUGAGCGACCUUGGCUUCGUGUGCAGUGGUCCCCUUGUCGAAAUUGGGCAUGGCCACGCUGCCCCGGCUUGUCAUUGGGCAGAGGUUGGCUGGUUCGUCCCCACUCCAGUCGCAGUGCAAAGCCGAAGCCGAGCAAGUUGCAACUUCAGAGCCAGAACUCUCGGAGCGAGGCCAAAGCGCAACUGCUGAAAUACUUGGGAUGCUUCAGCCGUGGUUCUGGGGCUGCUGCCGACGUGCGAAGUCUUAUCGCAGACUUGGAGCUAUUGCCUAAGCCUGAAAGAUCUGCUGAUCUAGCUGAUCUAGCUGGCCAGUGGUCUCUCAUAGGAGACACUGCUAGUUCACGGCCUCCACUUCUGAUGAGAAGCUUCAAAGAUGAUGACUGGGUCUUGAGAUCCGUAUCGAUGAACAUCUUGGACGACCUGAGUGUACAAAGUACAGCUGUGCUCGGUGUUUCUGGGCACACCGAAGAAGUGUCGUUCAAGGAUCGGUUGCAGAUGGACAAAGAUAAUCCAUCCAAAGUAUCGCUGGGAGAUCGUCAAAUGACUAUCACCUACCUGGAUGAUGAUAUCCUGAUUCUUCGAGAUGAUGGUGACCCACUGGUCUUCCUGGAAGGCCGCGUGCAGAAUUUUUAUGUGAAACGCGAGGUUUACUUGCGAUCUUCGCCAAAUGCCACAAAGCUGCGCUAUUGGCGAAGCUACUUGGACUGGCGGGAAACCCUGCCUCAGGUGCCUCUUUGGCUGCUUUCGUGGCUUCGUGCCUAUGGUUUCUCUUUUGCCUCCAAGCAACCUUCAAGCUAUGGAGAGUUCAAUCAGCUCCCAAAGACCGUCCAUCGCAUCAGCGUUGACUUCGAUCCAGAUUUGCUGGAGCAAAGUGUGUCUUUGUGCCAGUUGGGAGAUCUGAAUGAUGUUGGUCUGAUUUGGUCUUUGUUUCGAUACGUCACAUCCGAAUACGAACCUGGAAGCAGUGCUGACUCUGUGGAAAUGAGAGCUUCGAUGUACACCAAUAUGCUGUACAGUGGCAUCUUCUGGCCUGCGUCGUUCGUAGCUGCAUGUGCUGCGUUGCGCGCAAUGAAACGGCUAAGAGGAAGAGGACAACUCCAUGUGGUAGAGCUGGCGUGUGGCACUGCAUUGCCGUCAAUCGCCGCGCUGGCAAGAGGUGCCAAGGUCACCAGCACCGAUAUCUCUUUGCUGUCACUUCGCUUGGCGGAGAAGUCAGCGGAGCCUUUGACGAGGGACAACUUCUCAACCCAAAUCUUUGACAUCAUAAAGGAACCUCCACAGAAGCUUUUGGAUCUACAUCCAGACAUAGUGGUCGCAUCAGACCUGCUGUAUACUGAGGAGGUUGCCAAGGGCCUUGGGCGUCAGCUUGGAGUUGCUGCUUCCAAUGGAAUCAGCAUCAUUACCACUGAUGCAGGGAGAUUAGAAGGCCAAGGCCAAAGAAUCUUCCUGGAGUCCUUCAGAGAAACAUGUGAGGAUGGCCCCAAUGGCUCUGCGUCCUCAUUUGUGACGGAGGAGAUUCCUGAUCACAUCCUGGAUUUGGGUGUGAGUGCCAUGAAGUACGGCGGACAGGAAUGCUGGGUUGCAUUGCUAUUGCAUUUCUUGCAAGGCAAAGCCAUCGUGAUUUUUGCCAAUGGAGACAAGUAUGUUGGUGCCUUGCAAAAUGCGCAGAAAGAAGGAGAUGGCAUGUGCAUCCGGUAUGUCUAUGCAGAUGGUUCUGCCUACAAGGGCACUUGGUCUGCAGACUCCCUUGACGGUGAAGUGCACCCACAAGGGGCGGAGGUUGAGUCCUCUCAGACUGGCCGGCUACACGACCUGAACGUCACAAACGCGGAGGCCGUUGCUGUCAUGAAGACCAAGCUACCUGGCGAGAGAAAGCAGGUGCCACCAGUGGCAAAGAUCCAGGAAUAG